UGAACGCGAGAGAGGAACAGCGCGCCCCCGAGCGUACACAAACUCCGAGCGCUCGCCACAGUUGUCAUCUUGAACAUGUCGCGGAAAUUACAGACGCUACGCGAUGCGUUGUUUCUCGCCGACGACGAUGAAAAACCCCUGAGCACGAUUCCACCCGUGCACGGGCACUAACAUGACGAACUUUGGGCUGCUUCUGAAGGAAGCGAGCGUUUGGGUUCCGGUGACGAACUGCUUUUUUUUUGGCUGUCAGGAAACUCGCUGCGCUAAAGAUUCAUUCUAGCAUCUGCUGCUUAUCAUCAACGACAUCACGAGGACGCCCGGACUAAUGUCGCCUCGAGAGCCCCCUCUCCAGCCCGACAUCGCCAAACCCGCUCGCGCGGCCGUCUGGGAGCCCGUUUCUCGCCCUUUCUACGAGUUUCAACUUUCGCUGAGUUCAGCCGUCAUCAACGGAAAGAGGAAUUUGUUCAAGUGAGGCGCACGCUCUUUUGUCCAGAUCCUCGACAGCGCGAUUCUUGCGCGGUUAUCCUCGUACGUUUCUCGCUUUUGCUUCGGUAAAGUGGAUAAACGAAGACUGCUUUCACAGUCACAUGCCUUCAUUCAUAAUCAUUUGUCGCACAAUAAUGCGGAGCGUGUGCAAGCGUCGGCCCGAGGGCUCGUUUUCGUGUUUGUUUGGCUUUGCAAAGUCGUUGGGCACGGGAUUCAUUGACACGGACGGACUGUUACCGAUUCGCCUUUCUGCAGAAAAGUAAAAACUGUAGGUUUGUGCGGUGAGCUGGCCAGACGCAUCGACGGAGAGGGAAAAUAUGCAAACCUAGCAGGAAAAGAAGCCAUCAAAAUUACGGAAAUCCCUUCUUUUCCCCCGGUCUGCUAUCACGAAUGUAUUUCGUGUAACAGCGCGCUUCUAUCUGCACCACAUACAUUCUUACCCUUUGGACGAGAAGUUUUUUUUUUUUUUAAAUCGGAUUUAUUAUGGACUCUCCGUGCAGUAGUUAUGCUAUCUGCACAAAGUGAAACGUAUAUUGACAAAACGGCGAUAUCGAAUUAGCAUAAUUGCUACUUUGUGUCGGCGUAAACUGUGUGUGCGUGUGUGUGUGUGUGUGUGUGUUAAGAGGUCUCUUGACUGCUCUGAGGAACAAGUUUGAUGGGUGAUAUGCGAGACCCUCAGGGGUCCGCUUGCCUGGAAGCUCUUUAGCUAUGGCAGCGGCCUGGAUAUAUGUGGACAGUCACAUUACGUUUGUCUUCACGAUACACAUCAAGUUUCUGAAGACAGGCCAGAAAGUGACUCUGUGAGGAGCCCUCUUUCACCUGCGAUAAGUUCAGGCCAUUGAUGGGUGACAUUAGAGCACAGUGUGUGUGAGGACCUUCUAACCUGAACCUCUCAUCAAGAACACACACAUUCAUACCGCCAAAAUGAACGAGAGACAGGCUCUCCAUUCAAUAAUGAAGGAUCUGGUGGCCCUGCAGAUGACCAGGCGCCAGUCAGCAUCAACUUAUGACACAGCAAAACCUAAACCUGCCAGCAUUGCCAGCUCUUCCAAAAGAAUGGAGGACGUCAGGAUUAAGUUUGAGUUCUGUGGCGAAAGAAGGAUUCUGAUGUUUGGGCGGCCUGUGCAGUUUGAGGAAGUCCAGCAGAAAGUCAAAACAUUCUUCGGUCAGCAGUUAGACCUGCAUUAUAUGAAUAAUGAGCUGUCCAUUCCCCUGCGUGACCAGGAUGACUUGGAUAAAGCCAUUGAUCUGCUGGACCGCAGCUCAAACAUGAAGAGCAUCAAGAUCAUGCUGCUGACACAGGAACAAAGCAAUGCCUCCUCUCCAUCUCAUCACACAUUGAGUAAGCAGGUUCGCAUCAAAACCUCUCAGUCCACCGGUGAUGUUAGUACUGCCUACCAGUCUUCAGAAACAAGAGGACGCCAUCACUCCACCAGCUCUCAGAACACUGGCAGAAGUUCUCCGCCCCCUGGUUACGUUCCUGAGCGCCAACAGCGAAUCGCACGUCAGGGAUCGUACACCAGCAUCAACAGCGAGGGGGAGUUCAUACCUGAAACCAGUGACCAGUGUGUGCUGGAUCCUUGGAGCAGUGCAGAAAACUCUGUGUCUGGCAGCUGUCAGUCGCUGGACAGCAACUCUGACAGUCCCUCACUCAGGAAACCUCGUACACACAGGGUUAAGAGUUACCCUGACAACCGACAGGACUGUGCAGACAGAGAAAACCAUGUAUAUGAUAAGAUUGUAGGGAAGGGAGGGACGUACCCUCGCAGGUAUCAUGUGUCGCUGCAUCAUAAAGACCACAGUGAAGGUCGAAGGACAUUUCCACGGAUCCGUCGUCCCCAGGGAAACUUGUUCACGCUGGUGCCUUCCCGACGUUCACUGAACGGCAGCGAGGAGAGUUUGGGGAGCUGGCAGCUGGUUGAUCCUCAAGCCAGACUCCGCCCACAGGACCGCCCAGUCCCUCACAAGUCCCCUACAGCUCCAGUGACGUGGCGCAGGGGGAAGUUGCUGGGUCAGGGUGCUUUUGGAAGGGUUUAUCUGUGCUAUGAUGUGGACACAGGCAGGGAACUUGCAGCAAAACAGGUUCAUUUUGACCCUGCCAGUCCGGAGACCAGCAAGGAGGUGAGUGCUUUAGAGUGUGAGAUACAGCUUUUGAAGAACCUGCAUCAUGAGCGCAUCGUUCAGUACUACGGCUGCCUUCGAGACCAUAACGAGAAGACCCUCACCAUUUUCAUGGAGUAUAUGCCCGGGGGUUCAGUCAAAGACCAGCUGAAGGCUUAUGGGGCUUUGACAGAGAAUGUGACUCGCAAGUAUACCAGACAAAUUCUUGAGGGCAUGUCCUACUUGCACAGCAACAUGAUCGUCCACAGGGACAUCAAAGGUGCCAACAUCCUGCGAGAUUCAGCCGGCAAUGUGAAGCUGGGAGAUUUUGGCGCCAGUAAGCGGCUUCAGACCAUCUGCAUGUCCAGCACUGGGGUCCGUUCUGUGACUGGAACGCCGUAUUGGAUGAGCCCAGAGGUCAUCAGCGGAGAGGGGUACGGCCGGAAGGCAGACGUUUGGAGUCUAGGCUGCACAGUGGUGGAGAUGUUGACUGAGAAGCCCCCGUGGGCUGAAUUCGAGGCCAUGGCAGCCAUAUUUAAGAUUGCCACUCAGCCCACCAACCCCCAGCUGCCGUCUCACAUCUCCGAGCACACUCGGGACUUCCUCCGCUGCAUCUUUGUGGAGGCCAAGUACCGUCCAAGUGCAGAGGAGCUGCUCAGACAUCCCUUUUCCCAGAUCUUGUGCUGAGGUGUCCAUCUAGCUGCUUCAACGGGUUAAAAACGAACCCUAUUUUUUUUUUCUUUUGUAAAAGAGUGAUAAGCUCAGCUUCAAAGGCAAUCUGCGUUUCCACAGCACGUGACCCGCCGGCGCCCGAUCCGGGAUGACGCCUGAAUUUUUAGGUCACAAAACUGGUUUAUUCUCUAAUGGUUUGAAAUGCAGUGUCUUUGGGACAGCAGGGGGCGCUACGGGCCUUUUUUGACGCACAUGCUCUUUAUAUUACAGAAAUAAACAGAUUGAUGGAGUCACAAGACGAGCAGAUGCAAACAAACACGAUACCGUUUGAGCUGCCUCAAACCAGACUGUUUCUCACAACAACCACCAAACGUGCCUCCUAAAGCCAACAGGGUCGGUCUCAGUUACUUCUGAAUGAGCUUUUCAGGCGGCCUCCUAAUGAAUGUUUCAUCCAGUCCACAGCAUGGUGGAACUCAGUGUUAGCACUUAGUGUUAAAGGAAACGUAAUAAUUGUGUCCCGGUGCGUUCCAGCCUCUGACGAAUGAGGGUCAUACGCAAGUCAUGGUUUGCAUUCGUAUAUAUUGAAUUUUCAUAGAAUUGCACUUCCUUGAUUGUUUUAGUCUGUUACAGACAGCAGCUUAUUCUGGUUUCGCCAAGGAUCUGGGCAUAAGGGCAAAAGGUUAAAGUGGUCGAAGUGUAAUACAUAGUUUUGUACCGCAGUAGUUCCUCAUAGUGUCCUGUAGAGAGCAGCAGUGCAGUACUUAAGAUGCAGCUAAUCUAUAGUAUUCCUGUAGUGUUGAUGAGAUGUUCAAUUGGGAAUGUCGCAAGGUGUGUGUUAUUUUGUGUGUGGCCAGAUGUUGAGAGCACAUUCGGUUGUAUAUUAGUUUUCUCUCCAGCCCUGCCAAAGAAAAUGUAUUUAGAAAGCGUUGUGCCUUAAGUGUCUCAUGGCAGUACAUUGGACCCCUUUGCAUCAGAUGCACUUUUGAAUAUGAAUGUCGAAUAUACCAAAUUGUUCAUUUGUUACACAGAAUGUGAAGCCUUUUUCACUUUUAUUUAUGUCCCAAUGGUCAUCCAUUUUUAUAUACGAGUAUAUAUAUGUAUGUGUAUAAAUCUAUUUUUAUAUAGUGACUCUGAACCGAGUUAUGCUUUUAGGAACAGAAGAAGAGUUAGAAACAGGAUUUGUAACAGCAGCUGGUUUUGCGGAGACUACAACAUGAUUUUACAUGUGUUUAUUACUGGCUGGAAAUUGAGCUCUGAUCUGUGCAAGUCUUAUGUAUGCUCCUGUUUUGAAGUGUUUAUAGUGUGUCUGCUCUUUCCCCCGAGGAUAUCGGGGAGAAUCUGGUUGAAUCAGGAAGUGAUUAGCUCCUUGAAUCUUUCUCAGAAAUGCACGCACACGGAUAUUCACAUUUGCUGCCACAUAGGAAGGACUUGCACAGAUAUUUGCCUUUUAUGUAUUCAGAGUUGCAGUAUUGGAAAAAAAAAAUGAGGUGAGGUGGAAAAGAAAGUUGUGUUAAGAAAAUGGUAUUAAGGUUGAUGUACACUAACAUUCACAGUUUGGGUUUAGUAAGAUUUUUGUGAAAUAAAUAAUGUUUCUUUAGCAAGAACACAUUGAAUUGAUUAAUUUACUCAUUUUUUUCGAAUACCUCCAGAUUCCAGAUGGUGGUUGUCACGGCCAAAUAUUGUCCUAUCAUGACAUGCCAUACAUCAGUGGAAAUCUAAAUUGUUUAAAUGAUUUAUAAAUCUCAGUUAAAAAAAAUGGAAAUACAAAUGUUUUCAACAUAAGGUAUGUUUAUUGAGCAUACAAGUAAAUCAACUUUUUUUUUUCAUGUGACACUAACACUUAAAGUGAAAUAUGUUUUGCCAAUAUAGUAAUUAAUAUCAAAAAAAUUGCAUAACAUUACUGUUUUUUUGUGCAUUUUUGAUCAAAUGGCUCCUUUGUGAGCACAAGAGUCUUUAAAACAUUUUUAAAAAUCUUACUGACCCCAAAUUCUGAAGGGUUGGGUUAUUCUGAAUUCUUCGGAAUAUGGGAAGUGUUAUUAUACUGAAACUAAGUACGUGAGACAUGGCACGAUUAUCAGAAACUAAGAAAAGUGUGUUAAAAGGCACUCUUUGGAAAUGUAUCAUGGGGUAUUGCUCAUGUGAAAGUGUAGGUGGAUGCCAGGGGCGAAUUUCCACUCAGCUUGACGACUUUGUUUAGCUCAGGGUUUGAGUGACAGGUGUCCGUCAUACGGGCACACCAACACUGACCGCAGGAUCAGAUGUCCUCUUUUUCUAUUGUUUUGAAAGUAUUUUGGCCUCCUCAAAAACGGUUGAAUGGCUCAAAUAUGAUCUCAAAUAGCUGCUAGCUUUUGUUUUGGCAGCUAAGAAUCAGUAUUGUACCAAAGAUUGAGAAAUGUCUCAGAUAAAUGUCAGAGUUAAGUCUAGUUGAGAACCCUGGGAUAAGCAAAAGAAUACGAGCCAAUAGGUUAGAUACACAAUAUAUAAUUAUGGUUAUGUAUCUUGACAUGAGACUUGCAGUGCAAAGUCCGGUGUAUCAAAUAUUUUCAAAUAAAAUAAUAUGCACAAAACUA